AUCACGAUCAGCAAAGGAGAGGAGUGUGUACUGGAGGAUAACUCUCAGAGGACUAAGUGGAAGGUCAUCAGUCCUACAGGAAAUGAGGCCAUGGUGCCAUCUGUGUGUUUCACCAUUCCUCCUCCUAAUCAGGAGGCCAUCGACACUGCCAGCAGAAUGGAGCAGAUGUACCAGAAUGUCAUGUCUCUAUGGCACCAACUGCAUGUUAACAUGAAGAGCGUGGUCUCCUGGCACUACCUGCAAAAAGACAUACGAAAUAUUGCCUCCUGGAGUCUGGACACAAUGCGCUUACAGGCUCCAGCAGAGAGGCAGCAGACUUUAGACAACCUUGACGCCCACUUGUCCGACUUCCUUACAGACAGUCGCGAGAGCUCCCUUUUCACAUCAACUGAACGGCGUGAGCUAGAGAGAGAAGCUGAAAACUGCCGUGAACAUUGCCAAACACUGCUGGUCUCUUUGGAGACAG